GAAAAGCAAAAGUUUCCUUGUUGUGGUCGGUUGGUUGGUGGUCUCGACAUAAACAAUAACAGUACCCCCUAAACUAUUAUUUUCAUCCCAUUUGGGAGGGUCCAAGUCUCAUCUAGGGGAGUCGGACCGCCCCAAUCCCCCCGAAAUUCGAACCAUGGAUGUCUAGCAACUAGUGGAGGAGAAUACAAAUGGAUGUGUACAUGGAUCUAUCGUCUAUUUUAACCAGUGUUGUUGUUUGUCGCAAUUAAAAAUACCCUCAAGGGCCGAAUUACAUUAUUAUUUUGACAUUAGGUCGCGGGCCGGGAGUAUGAGAUCCCUGCUGUAGAGCCAGGUGUGUUUGAACCUGCCGCUAUUGUUAGCUCACUCGACUUCAUGCAGCGCUGCUGAGAUCUGACUUGAUGUGAUGCAUGCUGGGUUGAACGCAAUGCGUAGGCCUACUACUAGGCCUGCCAGAGAAUGUAGACGGGCUCUGGGCCUGCUCUCUUGUAAUUGACCCGCCCCUGCAUGUACAUUUAACAAAAUAUUAACAAUUGUUGAAGGAAGUGUAACGGAUGCCAGCUAGCUUAGCUGUGCUUGUGGAUGGGCUAAAUUGCUAUUAAACCCGCUUAGCAUCGUGACCAUGCUGCAUACAUUUGUUCAAAACUGCUGCAUUCAAGUUAAGGUCUUACAACAAAGUAAAUUGGGGAGACUAUAAACAAAGUUAAGUUAUGCCAAGUUAUAUCAAGCCUUAAGCCAACUUUAGAAUGCUGAUUGCAUGUCAUCUGUGUAAUAAGACUAACAAGAACAUUUGCAUGCAAUUGCCUGCGUGAUUUUGUGUGAAUAUUUAAUCCAAAAAUGUGUACCUGGUGUGAAAAAGAUUUAAUUCCACAAGUGAAGAUAUUAAUUUGAGCUGCUCUGUUUCCCAUGUUUUAGAAAUAAGAGAUUGUCUACAGCUGUGGUGUAGCAGAAGUUCUCACAGCCAUCGGUAUCAAGCCAUCAUGCCAGUGCAAAGGAUGCGAAUGCGCCCUUGGCUAGAAGAACAGAUUAACAGUGGUUUAAUAAAGGGCCUCAGGUGGAUUAAUAAGGAUGAGAAGAUAUUCCAGAUUCCUUGGACUCAUGCAUCAAGUAAUGAAUGGGAUCUUGAUAAAGAUGCACCAUUGUUCAAGAACUGGGCAAUCAACACAGGGAAAUACCAUCCAGGAGUUGACCAGCCUGAUCCAAAGACAUGGAAAGCUAACUUCCGCUGUGCAAUGAAUUCUGUUCCUCAUAUUGAAGAAGUGAAGGACAAGCAUAUGAAAAAAAAAAGCAAUGCAUUCAGAGUUUACAGGUUUCUAGUGGAACCUGAGCGGCCUGUAAAGAAAGGAAAGGAGAAGAAACCGAAGGGAUCUAAUGAGCUAAAGAAGACCAGAUGGAGCAAGAGACUGAUAGCACAGAGACCAUAGUCCUUUUUUUCUGAUUAACAAACUCGGCUGACACCAUCAACGUCAAGUUAACGUUAACCAGCUUCCAAUGGGCUGAUGAGCGCCUUGGCUAGCCUGCCUUAUGUCUCUGAAGUCCCUCAUCCAUCCGUGACGCUGCACAUCCAAUGUCUGGACGGAGGGAUUGCUCAGCAAGGAUGCCUACUGCCUAACAUCAAUCUGCAAGAGAUCUGCAGCUGCCACGACCACCGAGCUGCGGCUGACAUGCGAGCUGCCAUGCUAGCAUCUACCGGUGCCUGGAGUCUGGAUUGAGUGCUAAGAAACUCUGAUGACAGCGUCAACCAUCAAACAACAAACGGUCACUGUCUAGGACCACCGAGCUGAUAAUCAGCAGGGUCGCCCAUCACAAAUUUGGACUGUGUCCUUCCAGUGCUCUCCAGACUGCCAGUGAAUUCUCCGGGUUUGUCAGUUAUAAAGAACUUUGUUGGUGUUGCAUCGUGAAGACACAGCUGUGCGCAGUUUUCAC